AUGAGACCGCCCCGCCUCCUUCUCGUCCUCUUCUGCCUAAUCUUCUUCCCUAUCUGCCUCACCUUCUUUUCGGCGCUUUCAUCGCCUUCAGUUGCGAAUCCCAACACGCUCGCUGGUCGAACGUCUGGGCUCCAUGCCCUCUUUUCCUUCAACAUUCCAUCGUCGCUCUUUCCUCCCUCGGCCAUUAUCAGCCUCACCGAUGAUAACUCAACCUUCUUUUUGGCCCGCCCUGCCGCCUUUGGCCCGCUUCUACCGGGCAAGGGUCUCAGUGGCCAACUAUGGGUGGGAAGUGGCUUUGGCGAAGGUGGCCUGGCAGCUGGGGUGGAAGGCGAGCUGGGUUGUUCUGAUAUUCCCGGCUGGGGGGAGGGGAAUACCCCUAAAAACCCCGAGACGCCCUCGAGGGGCACCGAGCAGAAGUCCGGCAAACCCGGAAGUAGUACAGGAAACGAUACGCCCAUCUCACAGAACCGCCCUCGCCUACCCUCUCAAGUUGAGCCUGCCCGACAGAACGAGCGAGGGGACACCGCGGGUUUCCCCUCGUUGAACGACGGAACCGAUGAUCAUUUACAUCCUGCAUUUACCGAGUCCAGUAUCUCAGAUAUUGGUGCAACUCAGAAAUAUGGAGACUACGUUCAAACCAAACAAGCUACCCACGCCGAUAUUCAGUCCCUCCAAGAGACCGCCGAAAUUCAAGGCAGAGUUGUUCUAUUGAGUCGCGGCGGCUGUGGAUUCCUUGAGAAAGUCAAAUGGGCCCAGCGCCGUGGCGCGGUUGCAGUAAUUGUCGGCGACAACACCCGAGGCGGCAAUUUGGUCACGAUGUAUGCUCGAGGUGACACGUCAAAUGUGACAAUCCCGGCCCUGUUCACUUCCCACACAACCGCCCACCUUCUCUCUUCGUUGAUCCCCGCCCACCCCGGCGCUGCUACUGGCUUCGGUGAUGCGUUGAAAUCGUUCCACGCAAAAUUGGCAGGCCAGGUUAAUGCGGAUACACAGAAGACCGUGACUGCAACGACCGCAAUGGCCACGAGUACCCCUACAUCCACAACAUCAUCUAAUACAGAGAAGCCAGCUGCCACUACAAAGUCGAAUGGGGGAGGAUUUUUCCGCACUCUUGGUUCUCUUUUAGGGUUAUGUAAUAAAUAUGGAGGCUCAGGGCCUCAAGAAGACAGCCGUCGUCCACCAAGCAGCGGAAAUAUCGAUUGGAUGGUACUAGGUUCGCGGGAGAAGACUACAUCUCUAUUUGAUUCCUCAAAGGUUUCGGGAGACCGUGACCGCCAUACUCGAAUCAAAUCAGAUGACAGCCUGAGCAUUAAUAAACUCGAGCUGUCAUAUGACGAUGCCGACAGCGAUGAUUUUGUUAUCGGCGUGCAGGACUGGAGAGAUCCUGACUUAAUGCCUUCCCGCAGCAGCACAUUGCCCGUUCCAAGCUCCACCGUGAGCGGAAAGGACGGCUCAAAGACGUCGACCGCGGACACAGAUGCAGCAUCGGGUCCCAAUUUCCUUCGCGGUGGCAGUAUCACUCCAGGCAGCGGGGAAUACCAAAGCAUCGAUAAGACUACUGGAAAGGCCCAUGAUACGAGUAUGAAGGAUACCUAUGUGAAAAAUGGUAAUGCCGUAAAUGCAGGAUCUGAUGUCUCUGGGAAAGGCUGGUUCUCAAGCCACUUUGGAUGGAGCAAGGAUCCUAGCCAACCAGCCGUGGAGCCAUCCUCAUCUCCCUCCGCUCAAAGCAUUGCCGGCAACCAAAAGACGCAGGAUGCUGCUUCUGUGUCCAACCCAUCAUCGACAAUUUUCUCCGAGCACGAGGGCCUGUGGGUGACUUUGACUCCCACUAGCAUGUCGACAAGUCCAUUCUUCGAUACUCUUUUGGUUUUGGUUGUAAGCCCGCUCUUGACUUUGUCUGUUGUCUAUGCCCUCCUGCUUCUCCGAUCUCGGAUCCGACGUCGCCGUUGGCGUGCUCCAAAGUCUGUCGUUGAGCGUCUUCCUGUUCGAACCUACCACACCAUUUCAAAUACUUCUUCCUCUUCAUCGAGUUCUAGUUCUCCACGACCCGCCAGCCCUGGCCCUGUGUCGUCAACGUCUCCGCUUCUUGGCACCGAGAGCCGCGCGAACCUUGGUCGGCCUAAUCGAUCGCGUUCACAAACUAUUACUGGGGUUUUGACCGAUUUCUCUACGACUCCAAAGGAAGAAAAGUCGGCAAACCCGCAGUCAGGAUCCACACUGUGGCGGCGCAAGUAUACUGGAAGACAAGUCGAAUGUGUGGUUUGCCUUGAGGAGUACAUUGAUGGACAAAGUCGAGUGAUGAGUUUGCCGUGUGGUCAUGAAUUCCAUGCGGAAUGCAUCACCCCUUGGCUCACAACUCGCCGACGAACUUGUCCCAUCUGCAAAGGCGACGUUGUCCGCUCGUUGACCAAUCCCUAUGGCGACUCUCAAACCCAUACCGAACAGUCCACCCAUACGCACCCACAGACAGUAGACCCUCCAGCUGAUGCAUCAUCGGCACCGGUUCUUAUUGCGGCUACCGAUGACGAUGCGUCAGAUGUUGAGCAGAAUAUCGGCCUGCUGUCAGGUCAUGCCAGUUCUGCACCCCAAUCAAGCUGGCGAAACCUGGCUUCUCUUAGCUUCUCCGCUCUCAGUGGUGAUACAAUCUGGCACCAGGCACGUGCAGAUCGAAAUCGCUAG